UCCGUUUCCGUAAUUCUCUCCGAGGUUUCGAUCGUCAUUCUCGUUUAAUUGUUGUGUUUUCAUUUUUCAUCCCAUUCCCUUCACAUCUGUACGUCAUGCUGUCUGCAGAGGACACCGCAAUGCUUCAGCUGAGGUCGUUCGUCCACCAGCGGCUGUACGCAGCAGCGGAGGAGAUCCUCGGACAAGUGGAGAAAACCAUCACACUGGCUUUAUACGAAGCAUCGGACCUCCAGCGGGCCAGUCCGGGUCCCAAAGCGGACUAUCUGCAACAAGAAUCAGCUCCAGUACCUCCAGAGACCAGCAGGGCUCCUGCAGAGGAGAACCUGCUGCAAGUGACAUCAACGUAUCCAUCAAUACAAGAAGAAUCAAACUUGUGUCUCCGGGUUGAGGUCUCAGGCCCCUCUCAGAUCAAUGCAUUUCCAGAAAACAGUGAUGGGAACUACUGCUCAGUGGAGACAGAAUACAACCUGUCUAAGAUUAAACAGGAGCAGGAGGAUCUUGGGGAUGAGGUUCUAACACAGGAGGUGUCUUUUCCUGAUGUCGUAAAAAAUCAGCAGCAUCAUCCAGAAAUGCAACUUAAAUAUGAGCUUCAGCCUGUUUCUUCAGUGAGCUCUGUGGAUCACAAUGAAAAUAGUGACAGCAGUGAGGAGUGGGUGCAGAGAAGAGGAGCACAAAUGAUGAUGAAGAAACAGAAAGUACAUUUAUUUCAACAACCAAAUUGCAGCAAAACAAAGAGUCAGCCAAUGGUUCAAGAUUAUAAAUGCCCAGACUGUGGGAGAACCUUUGUCCACAGGCAGUAUUUAGCCGUCCACAUGAGGACACACUCUGGGGAGAAACCAUAUGGCUGUGGUCUUUGUGGAAAAGCCUUCAGUCAGAGGCAGAACCUCACAGUUCACCAAAGACUUCACACAGGGGAGAGACCGUAUUGUUGUGAAUUCUGUGGGAAAGGCUUUCACACCAGGGGAAACCUCAAAUCACACAUGAAACAUCUUUCAAGAGGAAAUCCCUACACCUGUGAUAUCUGUGGCCAAAUAUUCUGCCAAAAGGGACUACUGACAGAGCACAGGAAUGCACACAUAGAAAAGACAAUAUGCACAUGAGCCUCUGCAUGAGUGAAACCCAACCUCUGAACAAAUGUUGAAUAGGGGUGUAACGGUACAGGAAAACUUAGGUUUGGUAUGUUUUCGGUACAUGGGUCUUCAGUUCGAUACAUUUUUGAUAUGUUUUUGAUACAGUGAAGGAGACAAGUUUCAGUAAAAAAAACUUUAUUGAAGUAAAAAAAAUGGUUUACAGUUUUUCUCUUGGUAGCGGUCAUUAACGAUUGGGUGGUGUCGUUUUAAAUGCGUUGUGAAAUUUGACGUGUUACCAGUAGGGAGGUAAUGAUUACUAGUAUCACGAUAAACCAUGGUAAAAUUCCCGAUGGUUAGUAUUACCGUUUAAAUUCUAAUUAGCAUUAAAACCAUGUUCGAUUACCGCACUUUGAAAACUCACGGUGAUACUGCUCAUUUCCUGGAGAAACAGCUGCACUCCAGGCACGCAUGCACAGUUUGUAAUGUUUGGCCUCUGAAAAUAUGGCUGAAGGCACCUGCACGGACAGCGCUCCAGAGAUCCGGGGGUAGCGGGCUCCUGCACGAACCUGGUCCGAGCGCACGGACCCAGUCCAAACGUACCUCCAUCCCAUACAUCUGUCUCUCUCUUUCUCUGUCAUUGUGACAUUGUGAAUGAUUUGAUAUGGAAAAUGGUCAAACAAGCUCCACUAUGACCUGUCCAACUACUUUUUUCCCACUCAAAAAAGCACUUAGGAAUCGAUAGGAGAAUUGAUAAGGAAUUGGAUUGGUAAGCAGGACUGACAAUGGCAUUGAUAUUGAUAAAAUCCUAUCAAUUCCAACCCCUAGUGCAGUUAUCUUUUAUGUCUAUCUUUAAUGCACAUUUGUAUGUUUGAUGUUUACAUGUCAAUAUUUUAAUGUUUCUGCCAACAGAAAGUACACUG